UCGAGAGUAUAAGUGUCUAACAAUGGCUUCGACAUCAACAUUCGGUUGCCAACUCGGAUUUAGUUUAAGGAAAUCAAUGUUUUCAAAACAUAUUAACAGGUAGUUAGGAAUCCAUCAAUCAGAAUCUUGUUAGGUUCUGGUUGUCUUUCUAAAUUAUCAAAAAAGUAUGUAUUUGUGUUAAGCGAUAGGCAGAGGAACCGAAAAUGUCUGCAUAUUUCUGGGAUGAUCCCUUAAUAUUGCUCUAUCUUCUCAUAGCUGUCCUGGUGCUGGACAAUUUCUGGGCCGUAUAUCUGUUGCUGCGCGAGAUUCAUGUAGCCUACAAAGUGGAUGAAGUUCCAGACGUAAUCCAACCGUUCCUGCCGCAGGAGCUUUAUGACAGGAUGCGUGUCUAUAAGAUCCACAAGGCCUGGCUCACGAUUGUCAACGCACUGGUUGCUGUGGUCCUGUUGGGUGUGAUUGAGCUUUACUUUGGGUUCUACGCAUGGCUGUGGGGGCUGGCUGCAAAGUGUGCCCUGGGCGAAUGGAUGAAGCACGAGGCCUGCGUUUCCGUGAUCUUUGUAGUCAUGCUGAGUUUUUACCUCUGGCUAAAGAGCCUUCCGGCCAUGUUAUACGAGAAGAUGUGUAUUAGAAAAUUGCAGCAGAGGGCAAAACCACCGUUCCUCAUAAGAGUCUGCCAAUUCAUAUUCGAACUGAUCCUGGGACUGAUUGUCACCAUUAUAAUGGUGGUGGUGCUGGUCUUCACGUUUAUCGGUCUGGGUCCUAUCGCCCCGUUGGCUCUGUAUAUCCAAAUGGUAGUCAUUACAGUCGCGUUAAUUCUCCUGAUACCGAUUUUCAUCGACCCAUUCAUGGGCAGGCGUGUGCCCCUGGAAAGUGGAGCCCUGCGAUCGGCACUGGAGGGGCUAACAAGUCGGGCCGGCUUUCCUAUGCGCCAGGUUCACAUCAUCCGUGUUCAUGAUCCGAAUGCCGGUAGCAAUGCCUUCUUCUACGGCAGCUGUUGCCUCAAGAGGAUCGUUAUCUUCGAUACCCUUUUACUGAACAAAGGUCAAAGAGAUAUAUCCAAUCUGGAGCCUCUGGAUGUAGGCAAGGGGCUGACGGACGCCCAGGUUACAGCUGUGGUGGCUCAUGAACUAGGACAUUGGAAGAACGGUCACUUUUAUAAGGCCCUUAUAACGUUCCAGGUGCACUUGGCAGUCACCAUAUUCUUGUUCGCCCUUCUCUUUCCUCACGGACCCAUUUACCAGGCGGUGGGAUUCGAACCCGGCCUGCAGCCCGUCAUCGUGGGAUUCCUAAUCAUCUUCGGUUUCGUGCUGACGCCCUACAUGACUCUGAUCAAUUUCGGUAUGUUGAGCAUGACCCGCGGCUUUGAGUACCAAGCGGAUAAGUAUGCCUUCCGGAUGGGAUAUGGCGCGGAUUUGCGUCUGGCGCUGCUCAAGCUUUAUGCGGAUAACCUGGCAUUCCCCGUAUCGGACCACUGUUACUCCCAGUGGCAUCACACCCAUCCCACCAUGCUGGAGCGACUGGAUCGGCUGAGUAGUCUCCGAAGUUAGUGAAUUGUUUGGUUCCCUUCUCUCCCUUUUCGAACAUGGUAGGCUCUGACCGAAAAGUAUCUGUAUCGCCUAUAAAAGAUAUGAAUAUUUUUGAAUACUA